UACACACUCCUUGCUCUCUGUCGUGUCUACGAAAUCCAAGAUGUCCGGACCAGCUUCUGGCUCUGCAGACCGUCGGGGCCAUGUAUGCCCGCCAUCAGAUGCCGCUCAUCCAAGUGACCGCUGGGAAUCUAUGUUCAUUUACUCCUUCAUCUGCAAAUUCACGAACCUCCGGGCCAAGGUCGAAGGGCUCGAGACGCCGAUGGACCUCGAGGAGGCUCUUUUGUCGCGCGAACCCAAUACCAUCCUUACCGAACUCCUUGCGCGAUUCAUUCUCAAUCUGAAGCCUCAGACGCGUAACUUGAGUAUCGAUCAGAUAUCGACUACCGUAGCUUCUGUCCUCGGCGACUAUCUGAAGAGCAACGAGCGCACGAUCUUCUGGGACGACUAUCUCAAGUUAAAUAAGGACCCAUUUGAAGAUCUGGACGGUGGUUUUUUCUCGGCGGACUGGGAUUUCAAGCUCAAAAUACUGCGACAAUUGGUGGAACUGCAACUGACGCAUAACUCCGACAUAAAGAACACGAUUGAUCGCGCUUGGGGCGUGUCACAUCGGAAAAAGGACACGGCUACUGGUCAAACCGACUCUAGUGAGGCUGCGACCCAGGCAGAACUCCAACACGUCCCCAUUGGCCAGGACGUUCAGAGAAAACGUUAUUGGGUUGUUGAUGAUUCACCACGACUCUAUGUGUCGACCAAUCCGUGGAAAAUCACAGCGACAUUUCAGACUGUGGCGUCAACCCGGGAAGAAUAUCUCGAAGUAAUCGAGAAUUUGAAGAAGGACCUUCCUACUACCCAAUUGAAGAAAGGCGAAAGGCGCUCAAAGAUGGAAUUAUCCCAUAUCUCUCUGGUUUCAAGUUUGGAAGAGCGGAUUGAUGCUAUUGACAUCGAAUUGGCCCGCGUGGAGAAAGCACGAAAGAAAAUUGAACAGCGACGCGCCGCCAUCGCCCGAGCUGCGCAGGUGGAAGUUCGUACCACCAGGACGCGGCGACAAGCACGGAAACCUGAUUACGACGAUGGGGAUUUCAACUACCAAGACACGCCGGAAAUGGACGACGAAUUUGAGGAAUUUGAUGACGACGAUGACCGACCGAGUCGCAGAGCAGGAACCCGGAGAUCGACACGAACUGCAGUCGUCAAUGCAAACAACCAGCGACAGGCAGCGACUGAGCCUCAGUGGCGGGGAGAACGUCGAUCCUUGCGAUUAGGAGCAGCCCCCGACACGCAGCUAGAUCUAGAGCCUCCCAAGAAGCGGGCAAGGACUGAGGACAGCACGAUGAGCUCCUCCGGGGCCGAGUCAAGCUCGCAUGCUCCUAAAUUCCAGCCCUCAGGCGCAGCAGCUCUCCGGCCGAACGAAGUUGCCAUGGAACAAGUGGCUGGCAAGCGCAAGUCCAAGUUUUGGGUGUACGCUGUCGAAGGUGCCUCUGAUCCGGAGCCUUUCGAAAACGGUGGCGGCGGCGGCGGCGCCGACGAGACUAUCGAUGCCGAGUCCCAAGCCGAAUCUAUGGACAUCGAUACUUCGACGCCGGUCACGAACGGAAAACCGAACGGUGUCGACCACGCAGAGGAUCCAGCGUCGGUCGACGACAAGGCGCUAGCGACGAUAUUCGACCGGCCCAAGUCCAAAUUCGGCUCCAUCGCAGGUUCCUUGUCGCCGACCGGGUUGUUCGGACACAAAUCCCUGACCCGACCCGAGGCGCUCAUCGAGCUCACGGAUGCGACGCUCAUCCGGGCGCAGAUACUCACGGACCGGAUAGUCGACGCGCACAGGUCCCGCGAGGAGUUGAUGCUAGUCGUCAAGAACCUGGACCGCCUGAGCGACCUGCUGUGUGGUGUGAUCGACUUGGCGGAGCUGGUGCAGAAUGCGCACCCGGAACAGCUGUGGGUGGAGGCGGCCAACUUCGCACAUGAGAAGUUGUGUAAUUUUAUGAAUGUGCUGAAUACGCACACUGGGUUGUACGAGGUUUUGAAAACAGUGCUUAAUGACUCAGAGAUUAGGAAGACGUUAUCGAGGGAGGCACUAGCCACUGCACUCAUUUUUUCACGCGACUUUGAGAACUCUGCCAUCCAUCUGCCGCCGGACAAACGUAACAGAUUCGUGGACCUCUCUUCCGAUAUUCUGGUUCUGGGGCGGCAGUUUCUGCAGGGCACAUCCACCCCUGGCCCCCCGGCAUCGAUUAAACCAGCCGAGUUGGCGGGGCUCAAGGACCAGGGCAUGGGAGUGCGGCUGCAACUGCAGGCGCGCUUCACUCAGCGCGAUUUACUCGUCUACCCUGGCUCUCUGCAGGCGCAGAUGAUUAUGCGGUCUGCGCCCGCCGAAGAAGCUCGAAGACGCGUCUACAUCGCGUCGAAUUCGAGUCCAGUUGAACACAUCCAGGUUCUGGAAGAACUGUUGAGGAAAAGGGCGGAACUGGCACAGUUGGUCGGGAAACCGAGUUUUGCCGCUAUGACGCUUGAGGACAAGAUGGCGAAAUCACCAGGUGCGUUACAACUCAAAGUUGCUCUACAUCUACUCAUCUGCUACGCAGCCAAUGUCGGACACUUCAUUGACGCUCUCCUCGAUCACACUCGGCCGGCAGCCCAAAGCGCCUUGCAUGCAUUGAGCCAGCGGAAACAAACCCACCUGCGCAUCCCAUCUCUCCCGGUAAUCCAAGCCUGGGAUCGCGACUUCUACUGCCCUCCCGAACCACCAGCCCCGCCGAUAGCACUUCCCCCUUUGACGCUGGGGACGGUGUUCAUGGGUCUAUCGCGGUUGUUCCGGCAUCUAUACGGUGUUUCUUUGCGACCUGUGUCAGUCCAGGCUGGAGAGACAUAUCAUGCCGAUGUCACGAAGCUAGAAGUGGUAGAUGAGACAAAAGGCGUGAUUGGGUGGAUCUACGCCGAUCUGUAUGCUCGGCGUGGCAAGGCAAGUGGCGCGGCACACUACACCGUGCGAUGCUCGAGGAGAACGGACGACGACGACGAAGCUGGGGAUCUCAUCGGAGCUGAGCUCGAACCACACAUCGCAAUCUCCAAGAAUUUUGAAGCCGUCAAGCGGCACGUGCUCCCUGGCCAGGACGGGACGUACCAGUUGCCUCUGGUCGUGCUCGUCUGCGAGUUCUGGAGGGGGUCGGUGUUGCAGUGGCACGAAGUGUCGACGCUGUUCCACGAAAUGGGCCACGCUAUGCACUCAAUGAUCGGCCGAACCGAGUAUCAGAACGUCUCCGGUACCCGCUGUGCUACAGACUUUGUCGAGUUGCCGUCGAUCCUGAUGGAACACUUCCUCAGCUCGCCUUCCGUCCUUUCUCUGUUCGACGCCGAGGAUUCUACUACUCUGGCGCGGCAGAGCGCCAACCAGCACGUCGAUCCUUGCCAUUCCAUUGACACAUACUCGCAAAUCCUGCUCGCAGCGCUGGACCAGGGUUAUCACUCUCCGUCAGUCCUCGAAAGCGGCUUCGAUUCGACCGCCGAGCUCGCGAGGCUGCACAACACGCGUGGCCUGAUCCCUCAUGUUCCUGGAACUUCGUCUCAAGCACACUUCGGACACUUGGUGGGCUAUGCCGCGACGUACUAUUCGUACCUCUUCGACCGUGCGAUCGCAUCGCGGGUGUGGAGGAACGUCUUCUCGGAGGAUCCGCUCGAUCGUGAAAAAGGAGAACAGUACAAGCAAGAGGUGCUUAGGUACGGCGGAGGAAAAGACCCGUGGAAGAUGGUCAGCACACUACUCUCUACGCCGCAGCUCGAAGAAGGUGAUGCCCAGGCCAUGCGGGAGGUCGGUAGGUGGCGCAUUGAGGAUGAUGUCGGGGAGGGGGGGCUGCAUUGA